UGAAAGACAAAAACAGUGGACACACACUGGCUGGUGUAUUUUUGGAAACCAGCUAACGGACCUCGCGACAUACUGAAGACCACUAUAUCGUGAUAUAAACACAGCUGUGUGUGUUGACCGAGCUGUGGUUGAGAUUUGACCGUUGGGCAGACGGCAGGAGAUGUAACAGCAGCAGAUGGACGCACCAAGUCGGGAACAAAACAAACCGUUUCACCCGGACUACAUGAGUGGCUGAAUCAUUCACAGGCUAACCAGCACCUGAGACUUGAGUCGGGUUGUAACUAAACGACGCUGACUAACAUUCACCAGUCAAUCUAAUAGUCGUGUACUUAACUCAUAACUGCCACCCAGUAUUUUUCGUGUUGCAAUGCUAGUGUAGUGUUACACGAGCGUUGUCCGCCAGACAAGCAAGUUAGCGAGCUAAUGCUAGCUGAAGCUAACGUUACCCUCGUUUGAGCUGCUUGAGUUGCUGAGCAGCUAGCUACAGAAUGUAGCUGAGGUUACCACACCGCAGCCGUUUCGUACAGAGUGUUAGGACAAGUAGCUCGUCAGUCGGGAGUGACCUCGAGAAUAUGAAGCACAAUGGCCAACUUUGAAGCUUACCAGGAGUAUCAGAGAAUUGAGGACUUUGAGGAGGACUCACCACCAGGGGAGGAGGAUUUACUGGUGCAUGUGCCCGAAGGCCUGAAAGACUCAUGGCACCAUAUCAAGAACCUGGAUAACUUCUUCAAAAGGAUCUAUCAUUUCCAUCAAAAGAAUGGCUUUGCAUGCAUGAUGUUGUCCGAGUUCUUUGAACUUGUUCAGUUUUUGUUUGUUGUCACAUUCACGACGUUCCUUGUCAACUGUGUGGAGUAUGAUGUCCUGUUUGCCAACCGAGCAGUCAACCACACCGGGCCGGGCCAGAACCCACUGGACAGGAACAAGGUCACUCUUCCAGAUGCCAUCCUCCCUAGUGAGCAGUGUACUCAGAGGAUCCAGGAGAACAGUUGGAUUAUAUUCCUUCUCAUCAUGGCAGCCAUCUUCUGGAUCUAUCGACUUGUUAAAGUAUUUUGCAAUGUUCUGAGCUACUGGGAGAUCAGGCAGUUCUACAUCAAAGCACUGAAGAUCAGAAUGGAUGAACUAUGCAACUUCACAUGGCAGGAAGUCCAGGACCGGCUCAUCAGCCUGCAGCGAGAACAGCAAAUGUGCAUACACAAGAAAGAGCUGACAGAACUUGACAUCUAUCACCGCAUCCUGCGUUUCAAGAACUACAUGGUGGCCAUGAUAAACAAAUCACUGCUGCCAGUGCAGCUGCAGCUCCCCCUGCUGGGCAAUGUGGUGUUUCUCACCCAGGGCCUCAAGUACAACUUUGAGCUCAUCCUCUUCUGGGGUCCUGGCUCUCUGUUUCAGAAUAAGUGGAACCUGCAUCCCAAGUACAAGCGGAGUGGAAACCGCCUGGAGCUCGCACAGCAGCUCAGUAGAGUCAUCCUGCUGAUGGGUUUGGCCAAUUUGCUGCUCUGUCCCUUCAUUCUGGUGUGGCAGGUGCUGUACGCUUUCUUCAGCUAUACCGAAGUGAUCCGCAGAGAACCCGGAAGCCUCGGUGCACGGCGCUGGUCUCUGUAUGGGCGUUUGUACCUGCGCCACUUCAACGAGCUGGACCAUGAGCUGCAUGGACGUUUAGGCCGCGGCUACAAACCCACUUCCAAAUACAUGAACUCCUUUACAUCACCAGUGCUGACUGUGCUCGCGAAGAACUUCGCCUUCUUCUCAGGCUCAAUUCUGGCCGUGCUCAUUGCGCUGACGGUCUAUGAUGAGGAUGUUCUGACAGUGCAGCACAUUCUGACCGCAAUCACUGUGCUGGGAGUGGUUAUUACCAUCGCCAGGUCCUUCAUCCCAGAUGAGCAUAUGGUGUGGUGUCCAGAACAGCUGCUGCAGUGCAUGCUGGCGCACAUUCACUACAUGCCAGACCACUGGAGGGGCAAUGCUAACAAGAGCGAGACCCGUGACGAGGUGGCGCAGCUGUUCCAGUACAAAGCGGUGUUCAUCUUGGAGGAGUUGCUCAGUCCUAUCGUCACACCCUUUAUUCUCAUCUUCCACCUGAGGAAUAAGUCUCUAGAGAUCAUUGACUUCUUCAGGAACUUUACGGUGGAGGUGGUUGGAGUCGGAGACAUUUGUUCCUUUGCGCAAAUGGACAUCAGACGCCAUGGAAACCCAACAUGGAUGUCAGAGGGCCAGACGGAGGCCUCCAUAUACCAACAAGCUGAAAAUGGCAAGACGGAGUUGUCUCUGAUGCAUUUCACCAUUAAGAACCCACACUGGCAGCCGCCUCAGGAGAGCUCAGUGUUUAUCAGCCAUCUGAAGGAAAAGGUGCAGCAUGAUGCACAGGGUGGCCCCUCCACCCAGUUGCUGCUCUCUGAGGCUCCUCUCUGCACCUCUCUGCAGUCCAAUGAGUCUGGCGCUGGGACUGAUAACCUGUUGGCCAGUGUCUUGGCUCAUCCGAUUCUAACUGCGUCCGGACUACAAGGGCGAGACCGUCGCUUCAUUCCAACGAGCACAGCUGCUUCUGCCGCUGCCAGUGUCCUGGCCUCUCUGUCCACCUCCCAGCUCCCACAUGUCAACCGUGGCCGCUCACAAAGCCUCCUGCACUCAUCCGUCCACCCCGAGAGCACCAUGUACCGCAGCGAUCGCACCGUCAUUGACAGCAUGUCCAUCAGUGACUCACACAUCCGGAGCAAUGCACUGCACUCAGAGUUUGCCUCGGCAGAGAUGAGUCUCCAUGCCAUCUACUUGCAUGAGCUCCACCAGCAGAGCUCCCACCCACAGAGAAGUUCGGGGCACUGGCAGAACCCGGUGCCAAUGAGAGAUCUGCACACAAACACUGGUUUCCAGGCACACAGUGGCCUCGGUUCCAGCAUUACCAUGCCAGCCCCUGUCCACCUCGGUGGCUGGCGGGAGGAGGAGGAGGAGGAAGAGGAGAACGCAGAUGAUCAGGAGAUUAACAGUGGAUCUACUCCAAAACAGGGCACUGGGAGUAGUUUUUGAAGUGCCUUAUGUCAUAAGGUAUAUGCUCUCUUUUAAACUCUGUAAUAAGACACAUGUCUAUGACCUAUGCUUUGUGGUUCUGUAUCCUGUGUGUCUGUCGAACCUAACAACAAUGGCCUUUUAUCCUGCGAGGGAUACAUCGCCAUGAUAAUUUCUCCUCUCUUUUUUUUAUAGUGUUUACAUUUUACUUUCUUCUAUGAACAUUGUGGCCUUAGAUGAUCUUCAUGGAGAAUUUAGCAUGGACCUUUAAAACAUCAUUCAGCGUUUGUUGUAGGAGGGGCUCAUUGAAUAACCACUGUCUCUGCGCCGCCACGCCUCAUCCUGUCACAUCAGGCAGACUAUGGCAUCAGGGAAACCAUACGUCUUCCGUCCGAUCCAUCAUGAUUUUGUCAUAAACUUGUACAGACAAACUGUGUGUAAAGUGACAGAGAGAAAAUAGAGUGUAUUCAUAGGAUCACUGUGUGAAAAGGUGCACAAAAGGCUCAUCGUGACUUCUGCUGAGCCCGUGCGUGCACACCUUGCGUUUUUUUGCAUCACAAAGAUUUACAGUGUGAGUCUGAUUGAAGUUUCUCACCGAGUGGCGUCUUGAUCUGUGCUACAAAGACAGCAAACUGUAUCGUAGCUGCCUGAACAAUUUAUCACCUGACAAAAGAUAAUUCAAUACUUCAAGUUGUGCUGUUUGACCCUGGUGAUGUGUAAAUACACUUUAGCGUCUUACUUAUCCUUUAGAAGUCCUCAUUUUUACUACCAGAGCUAAUCCUUGAAAAAAAGAUACCAAGUAUUGAUCUGACAAAGAGCUGGCUGUACAGGAGCCGUUCUACUACACCAUGUGUACCUGGCAAAACACCUCUUCAAACCAGACGUACACAUGCUGCGAUGCUGCUGUCUGUGUUUUGUGGUCAAAAUAUGGAUUUUACUCAGUAUUAAUGUUUCCUCAGCUGAUGUAUCAGGACACUAUUCCUCUUAAACAGGACUGAAAUCACAGGCCUCAAAUACACUUGGUGAUAAAAUCCCAAUGCAGAUACAAGAUGUGUUUUAAGUCUAUUUAAGCUGGACACAAAGUCAGCUUUAUGCCUUAACACCCAUAUAACAACAUGCAUUUAAAUCCAAGUUUUCCGUAUUACCUCAGUGGUGGUGAAGAAAAACGAAUCCUCCGAUCAAUACCUCUGCAGUGUAAUUACUCGUGUAAAUAUAUAUAUAUAUAUAUAGUACAUGUGGGAUUCUUUGCAGUAUGCAGAUACAUCUUUUAACUGCAUUUUGAUUUUAAUGGCAGGUGUAACUGGAAUCUGUUUCAUAUUCACAUUUCUUGCCCAGCACAUGUUUUAAGUCAAGCAUGGAUGUCCCACAAAUCAUGGGGAGGAUUUUUUUUUUAGGACGAAACAGGGUGGUAUUGCUUUUACAAAUCUUAGUUGUGCAUAUUAGCAUUUUGUUUGCGCCCUUUUUUGCAAAAGGCUCGCAUUAAAAGUGGAACUUAAUCAUAAGGGCUGAUUUCAGAGAAGAGAUGUUGCCUCUGCAGCUUUGAAGAGUUUAGGACAAGCAGUUCCUCUCAUUGUUGGCUCACUACGAGCACGAAGAGAAAAAAGCCUUUCCACAAUCUUUAGGUUUAUUUAUUCCCCAUAACCCCCAGAUAUUUAAUUGAUAUAUGUGUAUUAUUUAUAAAUCUUGUUAAUAAAAGAAACGGCAUGAUCCCCCCCAGUUAAAAGUAGCUUUUUAAUUAAAAAAAAUUGAUUUAUAAAUUCUGAUUUUAUGGCCAGCAGCUGCAUGAUUCUGAAUGUGAUUGGCACUUAAAAUAAACUGGGAGAAAGUCUGCUUGUUGAUGCAGCGUGCAAAUAUCUCCACCCUUUUUUUUUUUUAAAUUGCAUUUUUCAUAGAUCACAGUAAUAUAGAUGUCAUCAACCACAACUGCAAGACUUCAGAGGUACACGUGUGUCUUUGCCCUCUCGUGUUUAGGAACUAUAACACUUUGUUUGUGAGUGUGUCUAUGGAAGGAAUGCAUUUCGACACCUGCGUAAUUAUGCUAGCAGGAACUCUGAAUUUUGCACUGACAGAAAAUAAACUUUUUUUUUUUUUAAACGUGUAUAUAUAUACAAUACUUGCAUCAGUUACAUUUUAGAAAGGGCAGGUCUCAAAGGGACACUGAGUCAGUCUCCAUCCUGAGUGACCUCUCUUCGUUGUUUGUAUAUAAGCAAAACAUCAGCACGUAUUGUAUCGUCAUUGUCCACAGCAGACCCACCUGGAAACACUGUGGCCAAUCACAUAAGGUCGUUCUUACCUCGGGUCAGUAAAGGUUCGCCCUGUAGGGGACGAUGUGUGUCUCUGUCACAUUGUUAAAUAUGCUUACGUGGAUGUUGUGGUCACUGUCCGUUUGUGCGGUGAGUUAAUGUCAUAGAGACACUGGAGCUCAGCUUUGUGCACAGAGUUGAUUUCUUUUGACCGUCUCCACAUUUACACCUCACUGUUAUGUUUGUCGUUUUAUUUUAAGGAGUGCCUUAGUAUUAAGGAUUAGUAAUUGCUCUUUAUAGAAGCCAUUUCAUGUAAACUGUUUGAUUUACUUUCACAGAUUUAGCAGCACAUACUGCGUACAGUAUUUUCUUUUGGCAGGUCAUUGUGUAUAGCAUCAAGUAUGUAGUGAAGUUGUGGAUGUGGCUCGUAAGAUGAGUUGUAAACUGAUCUUGAGAUCUUGUGUCAGUCUGACAGCACACUUCUUUUUAUCAUGGUGUCUAAAUUUGCACUGUCCUCAAUAUCCUAAAGAAGCAGGAGUAUGCCUUGUAAUUGCCGGUGUCAUCACGGCCAACCUUCUCAUCUUACCAUGGUUUCUUACCCACUAUACACCAGUCUAACAAUCACACUGACUGGGACAAGGUGCUAAGUUUUCAUCGUGAAAUGUUGAACAUGUUUUGAGACAUUUUUAGUUUAUUUUUGUUUGUUGUUUUGUUUUUUGUUACAUAGGUUUGUCUGUUUUGUUCUGUAAAUUAAGAAACACUAGCUGAAAAAUGAAACAUGCCAAAAGAACUUGUUUUCGGCACAGCUUUACAAAUACAUGUGUUGUUUUUUCUGUGAGUGCGUAGAGAGGCAAAUAAAUCUUAUUUUGAGUGUAUUUAAUCAUUUCAUGUGUGGUUGAUUAUGCGCUGUUUAUUUGAAAUAAAAAUAUAUUUAAAUUUUCA